AUGUUCUCUUGGCUGAACGGCCUCCUUGUCUUCGUACCAGUUGGCCUAUGGGCCUUUUUAUCAGACAAGGCACCUCUAGUUGUCUUCAUAACGAAUGGCAUUGCUAUUGUGCCGCUGUCAUCGUUACUCACCGCAGCUACCGAGAUGAUUGCUGAGGAUGCUGGAGACACGGUUGGAGCACUACUGAACAUUACACUGGGGAAUCUGGUAGAGCUUAUCCUAUUUGUUGCGCUCAAACACAAGCAGGUUCACGUUGUUCAGGCGUCCAUUCUCGGCUCGAUGCUCGUCAACCUGCUCCCAAUUCUUGGCGCCGCUCUCUGCGUCAACGGUGUAACCCACGAAGACCCGGUAUUAAAUGCUGUCGAGACGCAACUUUUAAGCUGUCUCCUACUUGUCUCAGUGUUCGUGCUUCUGAUACCAGUGAGCACGAUUCAUUCUCUUCAUAGCCCAGGGUUCAAGCUCACUGAUCCAAGGCUGCCUUCAAUUCCACAUUGGACGAGACUACAGGGGCAGAUGCCGCGAAACUACGAAUGA